AUGUCGACAGUUAACCUGGGUACCGUCUUCAAGGGCUCCUCGUCCGGCAAGGUCGUCAAGGGACAGGGUGCCGACCGCACCAUCAACGCUCGCGAUGUCGUCAUUGACAUCACUCACUCCGGUCUCUGCUACACCGACAUCCACUACCUCGAGAAGGACAUGGUUCUUGGUCACGAAGGUGUCGGUCUCGUUUCGCAGGUUGGCCCGGAGGUGAAGGACUUCAAGACGGGUGAUCGUGUUGGUUGGGGUUACAACCACGAUUCUUGCGGAACGUGCAAGUUCUGCAAGAAGGGUCGUGACACCAACUGCUACAGCAACAAGAUGUACGCCAAUGCCGACCUCGAUCAGGCUUCGUUCGGCGACAAGUUUGUCAUCACCGAAGAGUUCUGCCACAAGAUCCCCGAUGGUCUUGAGCUCAAGCACGCUGCUCCUCUCCAGUGUGGCGGUGCGACCGUGUUUGGUGCGAUGCACGAUGCCGGUGUUACCUCGAAUGACCGUGUUGGUGUGAUCGGUAUCGGUGGUCUGGGUCACCUUGCGAUCCAGUUCCUCAACAAGAUGGGUUGCCAAGUCGUCGUCUUCUCCGGCUCGGAAAAUAAGAAAGAGGAAGCGAUCCAGCUCGGCGCUCACGAGUUUGUUGCUGCCAAGAAGAACCCCAAGCUGGAAGGUGUCAAGCCAGUCGACUUCCUCAUUGUCACCACCAGUGCUCAGCCUGAUUGGAAGACCUACCUCAAUGUUCUCGAGAAGGAUGCGACCAUCAUUCCCCUCUCUGUCGACAUGGGCGACUUUGUCUUUCCUUACUUGCCCAUCAUUGGCAAGCAGCUCAAGAUCCAGGGCUCGCUCGUUGCCACUCGUGAGGUGCACGGAAAGAUGCUCGAGUUCGCCGCUCGCCACGGUAUCAAGCCGAUCAUCGAGGAAGUCGCCAUGACUGAGGAGGCUAUCAACGCAGCUGUAGAGCGAUUGAAGAAGGGUGACGUCCGAUACCGUUUCGUCGCUGUUUCGCAAACCAACAAGGUCAACAGCGCCAACCUCUGA